CUUUAGAUCAUGGUAUUGUUGAAAAGCAAUACCGGGAUUUCCAUGUCUUAUUAGCUCCUUUUUGAGCUGUUCACUAAUCCGGGUGUCACUUAUUGCAGAGUGUUGUCGCUUGGAGUGGAUGGACGACCAGUCGAGUCUCGACUUUGCAGCCCCAAGGGAAAGUGGCCUGAUUCAACACAGGGGUCCAAAGUUCGAAGAACGUCUUUCGAAGCCUAGACCUUCUGAGGGAUUCCAGGUCAAAUCCUCGACUCAAACAUAGAUACAUAGAGUUCAAACUCUUGGCACGAUCCACCAUUUCAGAUUCUAUGACCAGUCUCAUUCGAAGUUUGCUUCCCCUCACAAUGGCGGGGCAAAAGUCCGUUGAACGUGUGUUCCCACUUCGAAUAGAGCCUCUUGUUACACCUCCUCAAGAUUCUGAACCGACGAGUUCCGAAAGUGCUUGCCACGUCCGCAAAAAGACUAAGUUCGAUGGACCAAAGAUUUGGGGAGAUUCAGAAGCCAAAUCCAUUCUGGUUCCACAAGAAGACGCUAAAUUCGCUGCUCACAUCCAAGACUUUGGAGCAUUGGUAGCUUUGCGUAUGACAGCCGAUACUUUUUCUACUAUUGCCUGUAGUCAGAAUGCGACGUCCAUCACAAGUUUGUCUUGGGAACAAUUGUUUGAGCCUGCGUGCUUCAGUCGCUUUAUUGUCUUGGAGUCACGAGAUGAUUUUCGUUUGCGAUUGAAGGAUGUGGCAGAUGAAGCUUUAAAAGGCGUCACCACAGCUUCUGUUGAGCCGGAAAUCUGCUCUCUAUCAAUCGUUCAGCAUUCUGGUCAGACGAGUCACUUUUGGUGUACUAUUCACGCAACCUCCCGCGAUCCAACCAUCUUGUUGUGCGAAUUUGAAGGAUAUAUUGCUUUCCUAGAGCAACCUUUUUCGACAAGUCGUGGCGAAAGGAGACAGCCAAGUAGGCGGUUGAACCAUGUUCCGACACAAGAGGAAUAUCUACAAGCCACGACUACCAAGAGCCUCCCAUUACGAUAUUCUCGAAGUCAGCACGCGACCCCACACGACAGAAUAAUCGAUCCUAUCAGUCUGAUGAAUCAGAUCCAACGCCAAUAUUCGAAUACAUCCUCGAUUCCUCAACUUUAUGAUGCUAUUGUUGGGACUGUGGCAGAAUUGACCAAAUUUGACCGCGUAAUGGUAUACCGAUUUGAUGAAUGUAAAUGUGGGGCUGUAGUAGGAGAGCUUCUGAACCCAGAGGCUAGCAAAGACGUCUUUCUCGGCCUUCAUUUUCCGUCUUCAGAUGUACCGAUCCCGAUGCGCGAAUCUUAUAAGCUCGAUCGUAUUCAAGUCCUUCGUCAAAAGGCUCGACCCGAAUCAGCGAUUGUCGACCACAAUAAAAUUCCAGUCUAUUUGGACCUUUCACGCUGUUAUCUCAGGGCCUUUUCUCCGGAGCAGGUUGCAUACUUUUCUAGGAUGAAUGUCUCAUCAGCCAUGUCAGUCUCCCUUGUCGUCGAUCAAGAGCUCUGGGGUCUGAUAAUGUGCCAUUCGUACGAUUCCGAGGUGACCGUAAUAUCACCGCGUCUGAAAGAACUUUGUAGAAUAAUCGGCCAGAGCGCUUCAACCCAAAUUGAAAGACUUCUUUCUAAGGAAAAGUUUGAAAUGAGGAGCUCCCUUAUGGCAGGUCUCUCUUUGAAGUCUCCAGCGGCUUUUCUUACUCAGGAUACCGCAAAUCUUCUGCAAGUGUUCGGCGCUGAGUUUGGGCUCCUGACCUUGAAUGGGGAGACUCGUGCAAUAGGUCCACUUGAAGUUUACCAAGAAGCACUGGCUAUUCUGCAGUAUUUCAGGUCGCGAAAACCAACAAAAGUCAUAUCCUCGCAAAAGAUCGCCACAGACUUCCCAGAUUUGAAUUACGAGCCUGGUUUCAAGGUUCUUGCAGGUGUUCUGGUCAUUCCUCUCUCUGAUUCCGGCGCAGACUUCUUGACACUGUUCCGGAAAGGGCAACUGCUUGAGAUUUUUUGGGCUGGCAAUGAGCAGGAACAAUUUCAGUAUAUCGGUGGGGAGAUUCCAGAGCCUACUGCUGGCUUGCUCCGCUGGGCUGAACACAUGACUGACACAUCCCGGGAAUGGACGGACGAUCAAAUGGACAUUGCAACUGUUAUCGGCUUGUUGUAUGGGACUUUCAUCAAGACGUGGAGGCAAAAAGAAGCCAUGGAAGAGAGGGGCAGGGUCAAAAGGCUGCUAAUUUCAAAUGCUUCGCACGAAGUGCGUACACCCCUAAAUUCGAUCGUCAAUUAUCUUGAGAUCAUUCUCGACGGUCAAAUCGAUGAUAAUACACGAGAUCAAGUGGAGAAAUCACUGACAGCGUCUAAAUCACUCAUCUAUGCAAUCAAUGAUCUACUGGAUCUAACGAGAGUAGUCGACCAUAGCCCAGUGAUGCUUGACGAGAAAUUCAAUCUCAAGCAUGAGCUCGAUGGUGUGGUCGAUGCUUUUCGCGAGGAGGCCAUUCGUAAGGGCUUGAACCUUUCUACGGACAUCGAUUCAGAUACGCUACCAUCACAUGUCAAAGGCGAUCCAAUGAGACUACGACAAGCUGUUUCGGAUAUACUCAGUAACGCCGUGGAAUACACAGGGGAGGGUCAAAUCGUUAUGAAGGUUGCUGUACUGGAAAGUAAUGGUGACCAAGGAGUCAUCGAAAUCACUGUUCAGGAUGAAGGAAUUGGAAUGUCUGAGACGCAGCUGGACUCUUUAUUCCAACACCUUGAGCAGGUUAUCGAUGACCCUGAAUCAGAAACGUCAUCCCAACCAAACCAAGGAGCAAUUGGUCUAGGCCUCGCUGUGGUAGCUCGAUUCGUCCGAAACUGCCAAGGACAGCUCAGAGUCCAAUCAGAGCUUCUCAAGGGGACUACAGUCCAGCUAAACAUCCCUAUAAUAUCUGCAACUACCUCUGCAGUGGGACAGAGGCCUCUAGACACGCCCCCUUCCGAUCAAGAGAUGGCAGAUCUUCUGAAAAACAUCGAAGAGCGAACACAAAUGAUCAACAGGAUUACUCAAAUAUCGCAGACCGACUCAGCCCCUCUACUCACACCUGCUACUGAACUUACAUCUACAGACUCGUUGCCUAUGUCGUCUCCAGCCCUUUCCCUGGGCUCGCAAGCUUCUGCAAUAGGUUCGUCUAGUCAAUUCUCACCAACUUUGGAUGCGCGUGGCAGCAGAGAAUUUCCCUUUCCACCGAUGCUAGAUGCGAGCUUCGGAAAGUUGCGAAUACUCGUCGCAGAAGACAACCCUCUCAACUCAAGGAUUCUCAACAUUCGUCUUUCGAAGAAGGGAUACCACGUGACUAUUACGCCAGAUGGACGAGCCUACGCAGACAUAUUCGUGACGAGGCCUGAGGAAUUCGAUGUGAUCUUGAUGGAUCUCCAAAUGCCACUUCUCGAUGGUCACGGCAGCACAAAGUUAAUCAGGUCUUUCGAAGCUGUACAGUCAUCAAAAUUAUCCGAGCAUGCGUCCCAUCGCGGCCGAAUACCCAUAUUUGCGGUUUUAGCCUCACUAUUGGAAGAUUCACGUGAAGACUAUAUGAGUACGGGUUUUGACGGCUGGGUUAUGAAGCCCAUUGAUUUCAAGCGUCUAAAACUACUGAUGCACGCUAUAUCCGACAAGCCCACUAGAGAGAAGUGUCUUUACAGGAAGGGUGACUUCGAAUCGGGUGGGUGGUUCAAAGAUACUUGAAUGGCCGAAAACUUCUCACAUGCAUGUUUCUUUGCAUACACGUAUAUAUACCUGUGCAGCGCGAAUGGC